AUGCAGAGUUCUUCAAAGAAACACAGAAUAAUUCUCGUUUAAAAAAGAUUUGAGACUGAUGAAGAAAAGAAUUCUAAGCAGCCUGGCUAGGUUGAUGAUAAGAUGAAUAAGAAGAAUUUCAACGAAUCAAAUCUAAGCAUAUAGCCAUAUCAAGAUGACCCAGAGCAUUAUUUUUCAAUGGCAAGCAGGAAUAGAUCUACAAUGAGUCAUUAUAAAGAUAAAAAGAAGUACAGUACCUUUAAGGGUUAAAUUCCUUAUGUUGUUGGAAAUAACUUUGAUUCGUAGGAGUCUCUACCAAAAAGACAAGUUUUAGGAGAUGCUGAGCUUUUCAAAUAAACUUUCAUUGCUAAAACAGGAAAGGAUUUUUUAGGUAGAGUUGUAAACCAGAAUAAUUCCCCUUUAAAGAUUCAAAAAAGUGUUACUGGCUCUUUAGGCUACAAAAGCAGUUAAAAUCUUAAAAACUAAAAAAAGCUGAGAUACCAAAGAGUCCUUUUAACAGAUGAUGAAUUAAAGAAGUGUAUCUCAUAAAUUCAUCAAAGAAUGAAGAUUUACGGUGAUUAGAAUGAGAAUAUAGAAGAGCCCUAAUUAAAUCAGUCAAUUAUUAGUUUAGAUGAUUACAAAAAUGCUCAAAAAAUGAAUCAUGGGAAUAUCCUCACUUAAGAUUAAAAGGAAAUGCUUAAGAAUAGAAUCAAAGCACCCUAUGGUCCAAUGAUUAGAGAAAAAAGUGAUCAGAGAAAGCUUGAGUUAUUCGAAAAGUUCUAAAAUGAUUGGGAAAAUUUCUAAACAAAUUCAACUAAAUAUAUGUUAUCCAGAAAUUAUACUAAGGAUUCAAGAUAAUUGUUAACAGCAAGAGAAAGUUUAAUGCAGAAGACGGAAUUAUUUCAAACUCAGCUAUAGGAAAGAUUAGCUAUGAAGAGAGCGUUGUUUGAUCAACAGCAAUUUAUUCCAAGAUAAAUAUGGUAUGACAGUCUAAGGGACUCUAAUGUGUAUGAUAAGACUAAUAUUAAUGUUGAACCUAAUAAAGAGGACAGAACUCAAUCACAGAAAGAAAGUAGGAUGUACUUCUAAAAAUUGCAAACAAAUAAACAGCUUGGAGAUCUUUUUACAAGAAUUAAAACAAUGACAGACUGCUAAAACCCCAAAAUAAGUCCUGAGAAUGUUGAGAUCUUUGUAAAGCCUAACCUUAGAAACUAUAGCUUAUAGAGAGCAAAUACAACUCAAAAUAUGAAAAGGAUAACAAAUAUAUAACCUAAUACAACAAUUAUUAAAGAUUGCUUCGUUUAAAAGUUAAAAGAGAGAAAUAGAGAAAAUUAUCAAGCUCAAAUGAUGGGUUGCCGCAAUCUUGAAGAUCUCAAAAUGGUUAAGGUAAUCUAUCUCUUAACGUUAAUUCAUUUACUAUAGAUUGAGGGAUAAAGCUAAUUAAGCAGAGAAAUAGAAGCUUGCUAUAAAACUGAUGGAAUGAACAGAUUUUUCUGCGUCAAUGCCAAUAAAUUAGAUGAGGAGACCGGAGAGAGGGAACCUGAUAUCACCCAAGAGAUUAUUGUCGAACAUUAUGAUAAAAAAGCCAAGUAUUGA